AGAAAUAAAGAAAUCCUCUGAUCUCAAAUUCCAAGAAUUGCGAUAGGUUCAUAUCAACCCUCUUUAUCAGCCGUAUGAUUAAAAAUCAACGGCUGAAAGUUCGUGUGUCCUUGUUUGUUUUCAGAUUCUUUGCGACAUCCACUAAUCUCUCUCAUCCCUCCUUGCAAAUUCUCCCGGCGACAAAACAAAAACCCUAACUUUCCGAUCAUUUCAAUUUAUAGCUUUCUGUUUUGAUUUUUAUUAAAUCAGAUUCCAAAUACAGUAUUAAAGUUCAUUUUUUUGUCAUCCUGUCGGAAUUCCUGGGUACCCUAUUGCAGUUGGGAGCUGGUUAUGUAUAUGCAUGUUGUGUCCACGUUGUUGCGUUGGAGGGCUAUGGCGUGGAUUUCUAGGUAGCUUAGAGGUGCAGAUGUUGUAGUUUUACAGCAUGAAUUGGCAUGAGUGCUGACAUUAUUGAUGUAGAAGACGGGAACAUGAGGAUUCGUGCCUCAAUGGAUAAUGGAGAUGCUGAAGCUGUUGAGAGUGGAGAGGUGACUCCAACUGGUGCUUAUAUGGUUCAAGAUGAAGUUAUUAUCCUUGAGCCGUGUGUUGGGAUGGAGUUUGAUUCUGAAUCUUCUGCCAAGGCAUUCUAUGAUGAAUAUGCUAGGCUUGAGGGUUUCAGCACCAAAAUUUGUCAGACUGGUCGUUUUAGAUCCGAUAGUGCUCUCACAUCUAGACAGUUUGUAUGUACGAAAGAGGGGUUGAAAAAGAAUUCUUCUCAUGUAUGUGAAGCCAUGCUGAAGAUAGAAUUGAAGGGUAGCAAGUGGGCUGUAACAAAAUUUGUUAAGGGGCACAACCAUCCUUUAGAGAGCCCUGAUAAGGUGCACAGUAUCCGGCCACACGGGCAUUUUGCUGGUACAGCAAAGAAUGACGUUGAAGCUUAUCAAGCAGGUGUUAUGGUUCCAAGUGGUGUUAUGUAUGUGACUAUGGACGGAAAUCAUGUAAGCCAAACAUCUGUAGAAGCAAAUCGCAUAUCUCCUGUAGAGUCAAACCGACAGGUCAAAAGCUCUAACGGCAUAAACUAUGCCAUCAAACCUGCAACCCCAAGGAGGACAUGGGGCAAAGAUGCCCAAAAUAUGCUGGACUACUUCAAAAAAGUGCAGGCGGAGAACCCUGGGUUCUUUUAUGCCAUACAACUUGAUGAAGAUAAUCGAAUGGCUAAUGCAUUUUGGGCAGAUGCAAGGUCAAGGACAGCUUAUAGUCAUUUUGGUGAUGCGGUUACGCUAGACACUUCAUUCAGAGUGAAUCAGUAUAAGGUGCCAUUUGUUCCCUUCACUGGACUGAACCAUCAUGGUCAAACAAUUUUGUUUGCUUGUGCAUUGCUUCUAGAUGAUUCCGAGGCUUCCUUUGUUUGGUUGCUGAGGACAUUUGUUACUGCUAUGAGUGACCACCCUCCAGUGUCUAUUGUCACUGAUCAAGAUAGAGUCAUACAGGCUGCAAUCAGUCAGGUGUUACCAAAGUCCCGACACUGCUUAAGCAAAUGGCAUGUAUUAAGAGAAGGCCAGGAGAGGCUGGCUCAUGUGUGUCUUGCACAUCCUAAUUUUCAGGUUGAGUUGUAUAAUUGUAUCAAUUUGACGGAAACAAUAGACGAAUUUGAAUCUUCUUGGGAUUUUAUCAUUGAUAAGUACGAUCUGAGAAUGAAUGAUUGGCUGCAGUCACUAUAUAAUGCUAGAAGACAAUGGGUACCAGUAUAUUUCCGAGAUUCAUUUUUCGCUGCAGUUUCACCCAAUCAAGGAGUCGAGUGUUCUUUUUUCGCUGGUUAUGUAAAUCAACAUACCACAUUGCCUACGUUUUUCAGACAGUACGAAAGAGCUAUGGAGUACUGGUUUGAAAAGGAAAUGGAUGCUGAUUUCGAUACGAUCUCGAAUUCUCCAGUUCUAAGUACACCGUCUCCUAUGGAAAAGCAGGCUGCCGACCUUUACACGAAGAAGAUCUUUUCAAAGUUUCAAGAUGAGUUGGUAGAGACUUUUGUAUAUACCGCAAAUAGGAUUGACAGCGAUGGUGAAACAAGCACGUACAGAGUUGCAAAAUUUGAAGAUGACCAUAAAGCAUAUACAGUGACUCUGAACAUCUCCGAUAUGAGGGCAAGCUGUAGCUGCUUAAUGUUUGAGUAUUCUGGCAUUCUUUGCAGACACAUUUUGACAGUAUUCACAGUGACCAAUGUUCUGACCUUACCUCCACAUUACAUUUUGAAGCGCUGGACUAGAAAUGCUAAGGGUGUGGUUGCAUUGGAUGAGCCUGGUGCAGAUCAUGCACAGGAGUCAACUCCGUCAAGGUAUAACAGUCUAUGCCGAGAAGCAGCUAGAUAUGCAGAGGUAGGGGCAACAACAUCAGACACCUAUGCUGCAGCUCUAAAUGGUCUGAGAGAAGGGGCAAAGAAGAUUGCUGCUGUGAAGAAAAUUGUUGCGAAGGUUUCACCUCAGAGCUUUCAAAAGUCCGCUUCUGGUUAUGAUGACAGGAAAAAUUCUGCAGCUGAUACACCUUUGUUAUGGCCCAGGCAAGACGAAGUUACCAGGCAGUUCAACCUUAAUGACUCUGCCAUCCUUCCUCAUCAUGUCAGCGGUAUGAAUCUUCUACGCAUGGCCCCCACAUCUGUUCAACGGGAUGAUGGCCCCUCAGACAACAUGGUUGUACUCCCUUGCCUCAAGUCAAUGACAUGGGUCAUGGAGAAUAAGAAUUCAACACCAGCGAAUAGAGUAGCUGUAAUCAACCUAAAGUUGCAAGAUUACAGGAAGAACCCUGCGGUGGAGUCAGAAGUUAAGUUUCAGCUCUCCACAGUCACAUUGGAACCUAUGCUUAAAUCUAUGGCCCACAUCAGUGAACAGCUGUCCACCCCGGCUAAUAGGGUUGCUGUUAUCAAUUUAAAGCUCCAAGACACUGAGACGAUCUCUGGAGAGUCUGAGGUGAAGUUUCAGGUUUCCAGGGAUACAUUAGGUGCCAUGUUAAGAUCAAUGGCAUAUAUCCGUGAGCAAUUAUCAGUUUUGCAGGUCGAGCCACAGACAGAGCAGCCACAAAAAAAGCAGCGGAAAUAACUAGUUGAGUUUUGUACCUUAAAGUGUAGGGUUAGGAUUUGGCUUCCAAUAGGUGUGAUUUUCUUCAACUAGUUAGGUUUUCUUUGUUUCUUCCCCUUCUUUUCCAACAUUUCAAUUCAAGGCCAUAAGUAUAUACAAAAGUCUGCCAUUUUUUGAACAGUUGGAAUGGAGGUACUAGCUUUGUUUCAUAGCGGGUAAGGUCACUUUGUACAUGUCUUUUUACAUUCAUUAGUGUGUAACCAUAUCAUUGGUCUUUGGUAUUCGUGUGCUCCUAUAAACUGAUGCGCAGAUUUCUGAAUGUUACUCAAUGUGAAAUAUGUUUGACGCUCAA